AUGCGAGCCCAUCGACUACUCCACGGUCGGGAUGGCUGGCUGGACAGUCCAUCAUUGGUGGGCCUGACCAACGCGAGGUCCGACCUUAGUCUCGGGUCCGAGCUGAAACGUGCCAGACCUGUCCAGCCUGUCCAUCGCCCCGAAUACCUGAAUACCUGCAGUAUCGACCUGACGAUAUUCUUAGACCGGGCGGUGCGCGAUCGCCCCCAAGCCUCAACCAUGCCAUGCCAUGCGCCUCACUCGGAUUUCUCCCCAGCCGCGUUACGCUCGACUACUACAAUCCCACAAGACUACCAAAUGGACCUCCCCGUGGAGAUCCUCGAGCUGAUCCUCCUGCAGACAGACACCCGCAAUCUACUAACCGCCCAGCGCGUCUGUCGCCUCUGGCGCGACGUAAUCCAAGCCAACCGCAGGCUCCAAGAAGCCCUGUUCUUCCGCCCCAGCCAGCCCCUGGCGCCAGGCCGGAAGUCCGUCAAGAACGCCCUCGUCGCGGAGCGCGUGUGGCCCUACUUCCUGCGGACGUAUCUCUACCCGCAAAACGCGCACACAAAGGCGAUGGCCCAUUCCGACCGCCGCGACCACCGCCGCGGCGACGCGGCCUUCCUGCGCCCCGAAGCCAGCUGGAGACAGAUGCUCCUCGCGCAGCCCCCAACGAAUACCUUCGCGUUGGUCAUGUGCGAAACCAGAAGCUCCCUCUCCGGGCAUUAUCUCACGGACUUGUCCGGAGUCUCCCUGCGGAUGGGUGAUCUGGAGGCCUCCAUCGGCGCCGGCAGGCUGGUCCCCACGCCGCAGCCCUGGGCCUUGUGGAUGAACGAGGGCUGUGCCCCCGUCCAGUCGGAGACGCUGGCUAUCGCCUACUAUAGGCAUUGGAGGACGAGGCGGUUCGAACGGGCUCGGCGGAUUGGUGACUGCGAUGUGGUCUAUUUUGAGAUUUGCACCGCCCGCUACCUGCAGUCUUAUCGGGAGUGCUCCAGGUUGGGGUUGUCCUUUGAGACCUGGCUGAAGCUCUAUGUGGCUACCGAGGACGAGGGUUGGAUAUUAUGA